GGCCCAAGAUGGAGGCGGUGGCGGUAGUAGCGGCGUGACAGGAGCCCCAUGGGUACUGCCCAGCCCCACCUUAGUCCAUCUUGACACAGUCCUCAGCUCCAUGGAGCUGCCACGGGCGCCCCCUGCCAACGGGGCCGAGCCAUCCCGGGCAGUGGGCACGGUCAAAGUCUACCUGCCCAACAAGCAGCGCACGGUGGUGACCGUCCGGGAUGGCAUGAGUGUCUAUGACUCUCUAGACAAGGCCCUUAAGGUACGGGGUCUCAAUCAGGACUGCUGCGUGGUCUACCGACUCAUCAAGGGGCGAAAGACGGUCACUGCCUGGGACACGGCCAUCGCCCCUUUGGAUGGCGAGGAGCUCAUUGUCGAGGUCCUGGAAGAUGUUCCGCUGACCAUGCACAAUUUUGUACGGAAGACAUUCUUUAGCCUGGCAUUCUGCGACUUCUGUCUUAAGUUUCUGUUCCACGGCUUCCGCUGCCAAACCUGCGGCUACAAGUUCCACCAGCACUGCUCCUCCAAGGUCCCCACAGUCUGUGUGGACAUGAGCACCGGCCGCCAACAUAUCUACCACAGUGUCCAGGACUUGUCAGGAGUCCCCAGACAACACGAGGCGCCUGCGAACCGUGCCCGGAAUGAGCCACUAACCCCUCCAGGUCCCAGCUCCUGCACCGAGCACCGUGACCCUGAGCACUUCUCCUUCCCCAUCCCGGCCAAUGCCCCGCUCCAGCGUAUUCGUUCUACGUCCACUCCCAAUGUUCACAUGGUCAGCACCGCAGCCCCCACGGACUCCAGCCUCAUCCAGCUCACGACCCCGAGUUUCAGCACUGAUGCUGCUGGUACUAGAGGUGGUGGUGAUGGAGCCCCCCGGGGGAACCCCAGCCUAGCCAGCAUAUCCUCGGGGAGGAAGUCCCCACAUUCCAAGUCGCCUUCAGAGCAGCGGGAGCGGAAGUCCUUGGCUGAUGACAAGAAGAAAGUGAAGAACCUGGGCUACCGGGACUCCGGCUGUUACUGGGAGGUGCCACCCAGUGAGGUGCAGCUGCUGAAGAGGAUUGGGACAGGUUCCUUUGGCACUGUGUUUCGUGGACGGUGGCAUGGCGAUGUGGCUGUGAAGGUACUCAAGGUAGCCCAACCCACAGCCGAGCAGGCCCAGGCCUUCAAGAACGAGAUGCAGGUGCUCAGGAAGACACGGCAUGUCAACAUCUUGCUGUUCAUGGGCUUCAUGACGCGGCCAGGGUUUGCCAUCAUCACACAGUGGUGCGAGGGCUCCAGCCUGUACCACCAUCUACAUGUGGCUGACACGCGCUUCGACAUGGUUCAGCUCAUCGAUGUGGCCCGGCAGACUGCCCAGGGCAUGGACUAUCUCCAUGCCAAGAACAUCAUCCACCGAGAUCUGAAGUCUAACAACAUCUUCCUACAUGAGGGGCUCACAGUAAAGAUCGGUGACUUCGGCCUGGCCACAGUGAAGACUCGGUGGAGUGGAGCCCAGCCACUGGAGCAGCCUUCCGGCUCCGUUCUUUGGAUGGCGGCUGAGGUGAUCCGGAUGCAGGACCCAAACCCCUACAGCUUCCAGUCAGACGUCUACGCCUAUGGGGUUGUGCUCUAUGAGCUCAUGACUGGCUCACUGCCUUACAGCCACAUUGGCAGCCGUGACCAGAUUAUCUUUAUGGUUGGUCGUGGCUAUCUGUCCCCGGACCUCAGCAAAAUCUCCAGCAACUGCCCCAAGGCAAUGCGUCGCCUGCUGUCUGACUGCCUCAAGUUCCAGCGGGAGGAGCGACCUCUCUUCCCCCAGAUCCUGGCCACGAUUGAGCUGCUGCAACGAUCACUCCCCAAGAUUGAGCGAAGUGCCUCUGAGCCCUCCUUGCACCGAACCCAGGCAGAUGAGUUGCCUGCCUGCCUACUCAGCGCAGCCCGCCUUGUGCCUUAGGCCCCGCCCCAACUCCUGGGGAGCCCAUCUCGGCACACGGAGCCCAUCUCGGCACACGGUGCCCAGGAGCACCAUCUACCAAUGUUCUGUCUUUGCCCUGAUACUGCCUCAGGAUCCUCUCUCCCCCUCCCUGGGGGAUGAAGGGGUCCCUAUAUGUUUUACCAGGUCUUCUGGAACGGGGGACUCCCAAAGACUGAGACCCCUUCCUCCAUAGUUGGGAUUGCUCUUGGCUUUGGUUUGGGAGCUCCUCCAUCUCCAAUGGCUGGGAUUUGUGGCAGCGAUUCAGAACUUCUCUGGAAUUUGUGCCUGAUCUACUUUCCACUGGAUUUUGGGGUCCCCAGCACCCCGUGUGGAUUUGGGGGGCACCUGUCUCCCCCCUAUUCAACAAUUCCCCCUUUUCUUCACCAAGAAGCACAAAAUUCUGCUGG